CAGGGCAAUCGCUGCUGGAGGUGGCGGCGGCCAGGGAGCUGGAGCCGGGCAGGAGCAGCUCCAGCUAAUCCGGAGGCGGCGGCGGCAGGACAGUUAUUCUGAGCGAAGGACCCUGCAAGGCCUACUAAGUGGUUAUCAUGGGCUUAAUUGCAUUUUUGAAGACCCAGUUUAUAGUUCAUCUCCUCAUUGGGUUUGUCUUCGUUGUGAGUGGGUUGAUCAUUAACUUCGUCCAACUAUGCACACUAAUCCUCUGGCCUAUAAACAAGCAGUUUUAUCGCCGAGUAAACUGUCGCCUUGCCUAUUCGCUCUGGAGCCAGUUAGUAAUGUUGCUGGAAUGGUGGUCAGGCACAGAAUGCACUUUAUUCUCAGACCAGGCCACAGUGGAUACAUUUGGAAAAGAACAUGUGAUCAUCAUCUUGAAUCACAACUUUGAAAUUGACUUCUUGUGUGGUUGGACUAUGACUGAACGCUUUGGAGUGUUGGGGAGUUCCAAAGUUCUUGCUAAGAAAGAACUGUUGUAUGUGCCCUUGAUUGGUUGGACAUGGUACUUCCUUGAGAUCGUUUUCUGCAAAAGGAAAUGGGAAGAAGACAGAGAUACAGUUAUUGAGGGAUUAAAACGUUUGUCUGAUUAUCCUGAAUAUAUGUGGUUUCUCCUGUAUUGUGAAGGAACUCGUUUUACAGAAACCAAGCAUCGUAUCAGCAUGGAGGUGGCUGAAUCCAAAGGGUUGCCUAAAUUGAAAUAUCAUCUGUUGCCCAGAACCAAAGGUUUCACCACUGCUGUCCAGUGUCUCAGGGGAACAGUUUCAGCAGUGUACGAUGUAACGCUAAACUUCAGAGGAAACAAGAACCCAUCUUUAUUAGGAAUCCUUUAUGGAAAGAAAUAUGAAGCAGAUAUGUGUGUAAGGAGAUUUCCUCUUGAAGAUAUCCCUGUAGAUGAAAAGGAAGCUGCAAACUGGCUUCAUAAACUGUACCAGGAGAAGGAUGCUUUACAAGAGAUGUAUAAUAAGGAAGGCAUAUUUCCCGGCCAUCAGUUUAAACCUCCUAGAAGACCAUGGACUCUGCUAAACUUCCUCUUCUGGGCUACUGUUCUGCUCUCUCCUCUCUUCACAUUUGGUUUUGGAAUUUUUGCAAGUGGAUCACCCCUUCUUAUCCUUGCAUUCCUGGGGUUUGUUGGAGCAGCUUCCUUUGGAGUUCGUAGACUGAUAGGAGUGACCGAAAUAGAAAAAGGCUCCAGCUAUGGCAACCAAGAAUUCAAGAAAAAGGAGUAACUCACAGCUGCAGCACAGCACGUAUAACCAGACUAUGGUAUCAAAUUAACUUAAUUAAAAAACACUUAGAAACUAUCUUUUUCUUAUUAACUGAUGACUAAUAUUAAUGAAUAAUACUUGAGCCAAGAAUGAAGAAAUUGGAAGAAUCAAGAGGAGAGAAAACAUCAGCUUUCUGUCUGUUUAAGGACCAUUUUAUUCAAACUUGGGGUGAAAAUCUGGGCUAAAAAAUGGUAACUUUUUGCUUUGUUUGCGGAGUGGCCGAGAAAUAUUGGACACAGCUACCUACUUCUUCAGAUGACCAGUCACACUGGUUUAUCCUUCAAGAAUCUGAAACUCACUUUGCAGUAGGAGCCAUUGAAUGUUUCCUCUUGCUAAAGCCAAUUUAAUAUUUGUUUUUCCCAGCCUCGGUGCUGAGUGUGCUCCAGGAAACACAACCCAUUUUAAAUUCACUGACAGCAGUUCCUUGGGUGAAAGCCAUUUGGAAAGGCCAUUUUAUCAUGACUACAGACAAAAUCCCAUUUGUAUACAUUUUAUUGAAGGCACUUUUUAUUUUCAGGCAACAUCAUAUAACUUCUGUACCACAAGAAAAUGGAUAAUAGAAUUUUGAUGGAAAUGGUACCUUAUUGAUAAGCACAUACUGUACAUCAGAUUCACUAGUAUUAAUACAGUUUAAAGGCUUUCCCCCCCACACCUGUUGGUUAAAGCUCAACACCCCCCUUUGGUGAUUUGAGCACUGCCUGUUAUACUUUACAUGCCUUGGAUCUGUUUUGCUUUGCUUUGCUUUUUUUAAGUGAAUAGUAAGCCCUGAGAUUUGGUCCAGUGUAAAGAAGGCUAUUUACUCAGUUGUACUGGCGUUUCUUCCUUAUUUCUGUUCAUGUUUCUCAUCGCCGAAGUCCCACUCCACUGGUUGUCCCUCGCAGCAGUCUACUGAGAAAAUCAGCAUAAACCAGCACAGCCGUCCUGGAAAGGAUUUUUCUUUAUCUGCAUCAACACUAAAAAGAAAGGGUGCAAUUAGUGUCUCUAACGCAGUGAUACUCAGUGGUUCAGGAGUCAAAUUAGCGAUCAACAUUACCCAAAAGAGCCAUAGUAUGUGAAUUCAUUGUUUCAUUUACUAUAGUACUAUCUAUUCAUAUUGAAAUAGUAUGACAGGCAAAAUAGUUUGUGUGUGUAUAUAUGUAUUAUUCUCAGAGCAAAAUGAUUGACCAAGUAUUAUUUUAUCAACUACAGUUGGUUAAUAACCUAGUAAAAGCAUCCUGAUUGGUUAAUAAUUAAAUCACACAGUGUUUUAAUAGCAUGUGCUACAAAGAGCCUCAGAAGACAGUCGGAUAUCACUGCUCUAGUGUUUAGGGGUCAAAUCCUGGCCUCACUGAAGUCAAUAGAAGUUUUGCCAUUGACUUCAGUGGGCCAGGAUUCCACCCUACAUUUUCUGACUGUACAGUGGUCUGUGCUGCUUUUCUUAGCUGGCUAUGGUAGGACACUGAUAUGAGAUAUAUCGCUAGAUGAGCCAUGUUGUUAGAGGUGGAAACAACUAGUUGGUUGUUGAGGUAGCUUCAUGGGGUUUUAAUAUCUACCAUUUUGAUCACUUGGCUUUUGGGCUUAUGGUUGAAAACUGGAGAUUGGAACCUUGGCUGUGCCAGUCUCUUUCCAAACGCACAUUGUAAAGUUGUGCAGAGUGCCGUUGUAUGUGUGUGUAGUUGGGUAUUCAUAAAUAUGUGGAAACUGCUUAUAUCUUCAAGUUUAAAGGCCAAAUUCUGCACUCGGCUACACUCCAGAGUAGGCAGUGGAAUGUGUUGCCCAAGUAUAACUGAGGGCAGAAUUUGACCCUAAAGGUUAAAAUGAUGUUGUGUUACUUCUCAUCCUUUCGUCUUAACCCAAACUCCUGAAUAUUUAUUUCAGUUCUGUGAAGGCUGGACCUCAUUAAAACACUGAUUUAUUUUUUCUUUGCUGUGGUAGCCAAAGGUAAAAGUGUAAUAUUUUACCUUCUUUUCAUAUUCACUCUAACCUCCUCCCCCACAGAUAUUUGCCCAUAAGGAUUUUCUUUUGAACUUCAAGUUUUAGAAUAAUUUAAUCGCUUACUGAAAUGCUGCAUUUGGGGUUGUUCAUCAUUACUUUCUCAUGCACCUGACUGUUCAUUUGGGGUCUUUUUUAAUGAGAGAAUUUUCAAGAUUGUCUCAUGGCAUCCACGUCUUUUGUUAGAGCCAUCUCCAGCUAAGCAUUGCGCUCUCAGCCCCUGUGUUAGUAUGCCAUGCUUCCUAAGGGAAAAAAGGGGUGUACAACUCUUAACGUCGGUGAAAGUUGAACACCGGCUUCUGAGGGGCAGAAUACGGCCAUGAUUGUGUGUUUUCUUACCAAGCAUUUUUUUGCACUCUUUUUAAACAGUUAGAAUUCUGAAUGCUGAUAAAGCAAAAUCCCUGGUUUUCUUUGAUGUUUUCUAACCAGAGGACCAAAACAGGUGGGCUUGCUAUUUUUUUUUUUUAUUUUUUUUUUUUUGGGUAAUGGCUAUAACUCUUGCUUGUUAGGAAGACUUAACAGAUGCUGUAUACUUGCUUUUUGAAGAUGAUGUUCAACAUAUUUAAAUGGCACUUGCUUUGGUAACAAGAGCAAAGCAGGAAGACCACUGGUUAUACUUUACAGUUACCUGUGAGCAGGGGCCUUGGUACUGGUAGAAGCUACCAGAAUUUAACAAAUAUUUCCCCUUUCUUAGUGGCGGGAGGGAAGGGUUGGGCACUAUACAGGGGAAAAGAUUAAAAAUCCCUUCUUUUUAUAGAGGUCUUGUCUCCUCUUAGUGCAUGCAACUCCUAAUUAGAGUUAAUGGGAUUAGUGCAUGUACGUCAAGGGGAGAAUAAGCACAUGUUUAAUGUAUUUUCUUUUCUUAUCAUAACAUAUUGGUCGUGUUUUGUUUUGGAAGUGUAGUAAAUAUACUAUCAUUUGCUUAAUUUUUACUAUACUAAGCAGACAUAUUGGUAACAAUUUGGAAAACUGAAUUGUACAACAGUGCACAGUACACUGCACAAAUAGUGCAAGAACAUUUUCAUUUUGAACUUUUGUCUCUUCAGAUAGGUUUUUUUUUUAAUAUAUAAUUAUAUAUAUAUAUAUAUAUACAGAGUAUGUAUAAAUUAACAUGAUUGGAAAUAGCUGCAGUAAAUGUCUCUAAUGAAGAUGAGCAAGUGGCUUGGAUUGGAACAGUGAGCAUAGAUUUUAUAUUUUACACUAUUUUCUUCUGGUUUAAUAGAAAAUAGCUUGUAUAAUUGACUACGAAGCCCUCUGAGAGCAAUAAUAAACAAAAAUAUAUCAAAUUUUUUUGGUCUUUGAUUUUCACCCAUGAUCUCCACAAUUUUAAUAAGUCUUUUAAGAAUCUGGAAGCCUUUCCCCUUUCACUCCACCCAUCUUUCAAGGCUUUAAUUGUUUGACCUUUUGGAUUAAAAUUCAAGUUCUCCAGUUGUGGACAUGAGGUCUCAGUGGAGCUUUCACAGGCCAACUUCUGGAGAGCUCAACCCUGAUUCAGGAGACAAAUGGCUUCCCAGAUUGAAUAUGCACCCAUUUUAGAUUCUGGACCUUAGCAGCUCCCUAGCACUGGCAUGGAGGAAGAAGUCAUAUCCCCUCAGAUUCCUAUAUGCAAUACCAUAAUAGCAUCAUGCGACCCAAUGCAGGAGCCUUGUGAAGAAUAUGGUGGGAGAGCUCUUGCUGGCUGCUGGCACCAUUGCAUCCCAUCAGUCACAAAAGGAUAAAAAAUUGUGGCUGAAGGACUUCCUCUGGUAUACUAAUUGGCAUUUACAGGCUUUGGCUCAUAGAGGUCUCUUGCCAACCAUGAGCUGACUGUCAGAAUGUGCUCUUGCUAUUGACUUUGUGUCCCACCAAGUGAAGUGUUUCUCUUGGGCACAAAGAACAUGGGCAUUGUCCUUUGUUCUGCUUUAAACCACUUUGAAGGGCUCUGUACACUUAAUUGCUGACCAAUACUGAGGAUUAUGUCCCUUUUCCUGGUUGCCUAGCAUUCAUGGAAAAAGCACACAUCUUUUCUCUGGAGCUUUGUUGUAUUCACCUCUGUGUUGUUCAUCUUGUCUUCAUCUACCACCGUCUAUUUACAAUGUAGUGUCUGCAGACUGUUCUCUUCUGACGCCGCAGGUGGAGCUCAGGGGCUUUCCAAAACAUCUUUUGCAGUACAGCAUAUCUUCUAAUAGAAGUUACUACAAGUGUCCAUGGAUUUUGUCUUCCUGUCAGUCAGUAUUGUUUUGGUAUGUUCAAUAAGUAUCAACUGGCAUAUUAUCAAGUCUAAGUCUGUUGAUAACAUGCCUUCACUGGUACAAAGUAGAGACUUUCUACAGAAGGCCUGUCUCAUAUGGUAGAAGACUGUUUGUUUGCGUAAGUACAUCAUUAUCUGGUACUUGAGCCCUCUGAAAUGGACCAGACUAACAUGAGGGAGUUAGCACAACGAUGUCAUUAACAUUGGGGGUGUGUGUAGAUAACCAACAGUUAGUUAAUGUGAUUAUGUUUUUAGUUGAUGGAGGUGCACUUCCUGCCUGGGAAUACUCAAAAAAGAUGUGACUGUAUGCACCUUUGAUUAAGGGAAUGUUGAUUUUCAUACCAAGCUCAAACUAGGCAGAAUGCUUCAGAAUGUUGCAAGAGGCGUAAUGAAAUAUCCACAUCCGUUGAUGCCAAUUAGCCAGCGGCGUUCAUCAAACAUAUCCAUGGCCAAAAUAAACAGGUAUAGCCCAGCUAAGUAUCAUUCAUAUAUAGUAGGUCAACUUGAAUGUGGAAGUACGUUCAUGGACUUUCCUUGAAAACAGUGCUUAUCAUUUAGGGGAUAUAGACUCCCCAAGAUGUGCCCGCAGUAACACUGCUAAGAGUUAAGCCACUGGUUCCAAAACAGCUGUUAUGUUUACCUCUUCUGAUUUGUGACUAUUCGUAUAGGCUCACCCUCUUGAUCUUUAGUGCUGAAUCUGUACUCAAGCACAGUGUGCCACAACUGCUCACUUCCCCCUUUAUCUGUGUGUUCUCUAACCCAUGAUGGAGCUUGGGCUGCUCCAAACCCAAAUAUUGUAUAAAGCUGGGUUCUGAAGCUGAUAAAGGCCACACUGCAGGUUAGAGUAAACAUAGUGGAAAGGAUGAAGGGCACUGGUUGGUACCGCUGACUUCUUGAUCCAGGAAACUAAAUAAUUGCCAGAAAGUUUGGAAACCACACAGCUAAGCAUGCACACAAAGAGCAACCAUUAUGCUAGUACAAAAGUGAAAUAAUUUCAUUGCAAUCAAUGGAAUUACUCUGGAUACACUAGGACUGGGAUCAGAAUUUGUCCCAGAGAAGAAUCUACCCUCCUUGUGCAGUCAGGAGUUUCCCCAUAAGACUAGGUUCCACCUGGAAAGGGAAGAAGUGGCAGGAUAGUAUCUACCUGAGUUCCUCAACAAUCUUUUGCACCAGUAUCUUCACAGGAUUGCUACCAUAUUUUGGGAACAUUUUCAGAAUGUCUGAAUGUGACAGAUCAUGUGCAAUUUUUGCCAGCUGCUUGAAAGAUGUAAUGAAAAUAUUCUCUAUUUUAAAGAACUCUGGCAAGAUACUGGAUUAGCAUCCAUAAACUAAACAUUUCACAAUUCUCUUGUCAUUAACCCCUGUGCUUUCAAAUUUAAGGAACACAACUUUAAAAUUACACAUAUUUGAAAAUUUUGUACCUACAAUAGUUACAAGUAACACUUCAGUUUUAUGAAAAAUCUGAAAGAAGUUGGCAAAAAAAAAAAAAGUUUAGUUUGUGUACGUGGACUGUUGGAGAGCACUUUGUAUAUAGUCAGUUCCCCCUUGCUUGAAGAGAUCUUUAUAAACACCAGUGAGGUAGUGGAAAAAGCCUUUUAACGUUUUAAAAGGAAAUAUUUUCAAAAAUCAGGACAUACCAUUUAAAAGGGGCUCUGUCAGAAACUGGAAUUUAAAAAAAAAUAAUUUCAGAAAAUCCAGGUUAACAGUGUCCUUUUAGGAGGAGGUCUCUACAUAUUUUGAAUCUUAAAACUCUUGUUUCAUCUAUUAUUUUUUGUCAAGACAUAAUACUUUUGUUAAGGAAGGAUAUUUUUAACUUUCAACUUUCUUUUGAAACUAAUGGUUAAUUUGGGUGUCUAAUAUUUAUUGUGAAUGAAAUGUUUUUAAAACCACUAGAUUGUGUUACAGAGCUAUCAUUUGUUACACAUGCAAAAUGUACCCAAUACAUUCAUUGCUUCUGCUGUCUCAGAACUGUGAGUUGUGACAAUCAAAUGCUACUUGCCUGAAAGCCAGGAAGCUACCAUAAACUGGCAUGUUACUGAACCAUAAAGAUCACCAGCAAGUACUGUAGCUUUAAUGAAUAAUUUUCUCUUUGAGAAAACUAAACAUCAUUAACCUAAAUGAUUGUUACAACCUUGUGAUUUUGUUGUUUUUGUUAACUACCAGAUAUUAGCCAAAUCAACCAAAUAAAAAAACUGUAUACAGGGUACAAAUUUACUGUGCAUGUGUAUAUAUAUUUUUGUACAUUUUUACAGUUAUUUCCUACACACAAUUAUAUGCAGUUCAGAAAAGAUGCAUUGAAAUCUGUUAAAAGCAAGUAGCAAAAUAAUCUCACCUAUCGUAGUUUCUGAAAAACGGUGUCCCAAACUAGUACACAAAUGUACAGUGCUAUGCAAAUAUUACUUGUAAGUUUUCUCUUACAUUUGCAUAAAUACUUGAUGGCUGUUUUCACUGAGCUUUCAAAGAAUGGUUAAUGCAAAAGAAACAUCUUGUUUUAAAAUAAAAUAGCUUUGGCUCUGUGUAAGUAUCAGUAUAUACUGUAUUAGAAUGUCAUUUAUACUUUUAGUCACUUACUUUGAUUGUUGUAAGUGAAUGUGUGUGUAUAACAUUUGUUGGAAUAGAAUUUUUUGAAUUGCACUUAUUGAAAAGGGACACCUACCUAACAGUUAUUUUCAGCUAUGUUACUGCCUAGCUAGUCAAUAUGUAAAUGAAAGACCUACAUUGUUUUCAUAUUUGCCAUUCUGAUUUGCCCAACUAAGCAUCCACAAAGAGCUAUUAGGUUUUGUUCUUUGUAUGUCCGUUUUCUGUUUACACUUUGACUCCAGUCUUGCAAAUUGAUCCAUGCAGAUGGACUCUUGCUCUUUUGCAGAGCCCCAUUGUCUGCACUGGGGAUUCACCCACCUGCAGAUCACUUAGCAGGAUUGGGACCUUAGGUGUAAUCAUUAAAUCUAAAACCAUUUCCAUUCACUAUAUUAAGAGUGUAACUAAGAACUGAGGGGAUUGAAUAUAUUGUGGCAUUUAUAGGAACAUAGUGUAUAAUAUUUAUUAUCCUUCCCCAUUCCCUCAAAAAAUAACAAACAAACAAAAACACAUGAGAAAAACAUUUCAUUAAGGAUCUUCAAAAGUAAAUGCAGAGCUGUAUAAUGUAGAAGGCUGUGAUUCUGUAGAUGGAAGCUUAUGAACUGACUGUAUGGAUAGAUAUUUUAGAUUAAAUCAAUUUUUAAAAUCUGA